AUGUCGACUCCGACGACCUCUCCGACGACCUCUACGACUUCCCGACGAAAAUAUGAGCGGAAACGUGCAUCUGCUUCCGAAGCAGUAGUAGCUGAAGAAGAGCCGAAAAUGAAGAAGAACAAAACCGAUCAAUUGGCUUCGCCGAGAAACCGGAUCUGGAACGACGAAGAAGAGCUCUCUCUCUUAAUGGGAUUUGUAGGUUAUAGAGCUGAAACAGGACUCCAACCAAACUCUGAUUGGGAUGCUUUUAUCCGUUUCCUCGGAGAUUCCGAUUACAUGGCGGCUGCGAAAUACUCUAAAGAGCAGAUUCGGCGUAAGAUCCGAUCGUUCAAAGAAAAAUUCUUUACUCGCAUGGAGAAAAUCAAUCAAGGAGAAGAAGAGCCCAUCAUUAGUGACGCUUUUAGAUACUCCAACAUGAUUUGGGGCGGAAACGAUUCCGAAAUCGCUAAUCAGAGAGUGAAUCUUAAUCAGGAGGAGACAGCUGAGGAAGAAGACGAGCAAGUUGAUGCUGCUAAUGUUCAGCCUUUAAAUGCUGUCUUCGUUAAUCAGGAGGAUGAACAUAUUGAAGACGUGCAAGUUGCUGCUGCUAAUGUUCAGACUUUAAAUGUGGUCUUGGUUAAUCAGGAGGAGGAACAUACUGAAGACGAGCAAGUUGCUGCUGUGAAUGUUCAACCUUUAAAUGUGGACUUGGUUAAUCAGGAGGAGGAACAUACUGAAGACGAGCAAGUUGUUGCUGCUGCUAAUGUUCAACCUUUAAAUGAGGAGAAUGUGGGAGCGAGAACUGAGUUUGAUUCUGAUAACGAUGCUGCUGAUGAGUCAAACACCGUGAGGGAUGCCUUUGUGACAUUGGUGCCGCAAUCUUUAAGCGAGUCUAAGAAGAAGUGGCAGCUUCGGAACUUGACGAACCUUGGAGCCGGAAAGAGAAGAGAUAUUAGCCAGGAGUGGGAAGCAUUAUCCGCUGAGAAAGUGCAAAUGGAGAUGAAGAAGCUCAGGUUUUUGGCAAGGCUCGUGGAGGCAGCGACAGCGAAUGGUGAAUGA